GGAAUCUCGGGAAGUGAACGCCAGCGGUGAUCGCAGCGGGUGCGGCGAAGACGAAAAUAACUGCUAUCCGGCGCUAAAGAGAUGGGAAGUUCGUCUUCCGAUGAUUUUUCCGUCCUUGUUGUCGCCCCCGAUUUGGGCUUCGACGCACGCCCUUUCCUGACCAGCUAGGACAGAGAAGCCGAUGAACAGGAGAACUGGCAAGACUGUUCGCAGCACUUCUCCUCCUCUUCAGAUGAAGAUUUCUCCGAUCUCGAAUUCCUGCAAUUCUUCCGCCUCGAGGACUCCGAUAAAUUCGGAAACCGCAUCUUCCGCAUCGUGGAGAAGUACUUUCCUGAGUAAUUCCAGCAGGGAGGUUCUUUUUGUCUGAAAAUCAAGAUGUCUUGGUAUUGAAAAUGGCAGGACUCAUCAUGAAAUUGUUCAAUACCCUUAACGAAACUUCUGUAUAUUGAUUCAUUAAGCUCCUGUUGUGAGUGGUGACCGGCUGAAGAAAUAUAUAUGAUCCAGAAAAUAUAUAUGCACUGAGUUGCCUGAAGGGCCAUUCUACAUUGUCUAUAUGCAUAGUACAGUGCAAAAGGAGGAUAAUUCCCCUGGUCUUACUAUCUUGAGGUGGAUUUACGAAGAACUUCCCUUGGAGAUCAAGGAUAGGCCGCAAGUCGUGUACAGACACCCUGGGCUGCGGUCAAGACUUGUUCUUGCUACUCUUGGCAGAUUUUUCUUAAGUGGCAGAAUUUUCAUAGUCAAAUAAAAUAUAAGAUCGAUGAAUGCUGAGACUCUUCACUUUAUCCUGGGACACUGUUUUAGAGUUCAGACACUUGUCUGUCAGUUUAAGGGAAGAACCUGUAAAAAGUUUAUGGUACAUGUUUGGUAUAUUUGAUCCCUAGUCCAUCUAAUGUAAUAAGAUGAGAACUACUGGCCGGAAAAAUAAUUUUUAUGCAAUGCAGUUUUGGAGAUUGAACCCUGGAUUAACUCCUUACAGAAAACAGAAUAAGGUUACAGUUAGGGGCAAUGGGGGCGAACAGCCACCCUCAGUUAGUUGUCUGAAUGUGCACCUAGGACCUGGCUUCAUGGAUUGUUGGAGUAAGCGGUCAUCAUCUGAGUUCUUUCUUAUAUUGAAACCCUGCCUAUCAAUCAUCCUGCAUCUGCAAAGUUCAAAUUGAGCCAUUUUCAGCAACUGGGGACAGAUGCAAGCACUGGUCCUGGAAAUGACAUAUUGAACAAGCGUCCUAAUUGAGAUGCUUGCCAGUUGAACAGAACUGUCUUGCUAGAAAUUUUAAAACCUUGGAAAGGUCAAUUUGAAAUAUCCUUAAUUAUUGUUUAGAAUAUUUUUAAAGGAGUCACAUUUUUGUUUCAAAUGAAAUGCAUUAUUUUUUAUCCUUAAAACAUAUCAAAAUUCUUACCGUCAAUCUAUAUAUAUAAUCCCUCAGUACCUCCUCCAUUGCUCUUCCCCCCUCUCUCCAUGGAUGUUUAGGGCUUCAAGUAGUUAUUCUUGUGUUCUCCAAGGUAAUUAACUGUGCACUUCAGGGCAUUCAUGAAAAGAACAUGAUGUUCAUAUUACCAAUCAUGCAGGGAUUAUUAACACAUUUUCGAGAUUGCAAACCCUUCUGAAUUGAAAAUAUAAAAUUGAUUUCAACCUUGAUUGUCGUUGUUCAUCAGAACUGUUCUUGUUGUAACUUUUGCUCUUGCUGUAACUUUUUUCAUCUUAUACUGGAAGAUCAAGUACGUAAGCCACUUGCAGUAUCUCUGGGAGGACAUAAACAAGGGGGAGGUUGAGAUUCCUGAAUUUGUGCAGAAUCACGAUGACAAUCUUGAGCACAGACCACUGACAGAUUAUGGCAUUGAACCAGACCCUCUCCACCGAACAGGGGUGCCUGCCGCAGCUUUACUCAUUUGGGAGUAAUGAAGAGAGAUGGACCUCAAGGGAAUUCCUUUCAUAGUCUUGCUGUUACAUACAUACAGACCCUUGAACCAUCCCAAACCGAAAAUAAGGUUGCUUUGUAUCUUGGCUGGGUUAGGUUUUUAUGUAAAAACCGAACAAUUGUGCAGACAAGUUACAUAAUUUUGUUGUGCGCUCCCUCUCGUCUGAUUUGGAAGUUAUAGUUUGACCCUAUACAAUUACACAGAAAA